UAUAACGGGUAGUCACCUGGCCUGCACAUACCAAACACCUCGGACAGCACAAACAACUAAGAGUAGUGAAUUUGAAGGUGCAAAGUUGCGAUUCUUAUAAAUUUAGAAAGUUUUCUUCAUAGAAAAGGCCUCCUGGAAUGAGUUACUCAACCUAUCCCUUUGUGGAUGAUGUGUAUGCUUACUACAAUCAAACCGUAACGUUUUUAGGAAAAAUACUUGAUAUUUUACCUGGAUCAAACGUUUUAAAGACAUACAUUAAGUCUUCAUAUCAAAAUGAUCCUCUGAGAACUUUUAUUGAAUUCCUUUUGUUCGUCUUUGCCGCUUACUAUGUCUUGAGAAAACCGAAGACUUCACCCGACAAUAACUAUGUAGAACUCACUGAAAAAGAGAUAAAUGAACUGGUAGAUGAUUGGAAACCUGAACCACUUGUGUCUCCUUUAGAUGAUAUGGAAAAAUUGGAAUUAAAUUCUCUUACUGUUCUCGAAUCAACCCAUUUGUCUACAAAGUUGACCGAUGGUCGACCCAUCAUUAACUUUAGUUCUUUUAACUUUCUUGGUUUGGCUGAAAAUAAAUACAUUAACGAUGCUGCAGUGAAAACUUUACGUGAAUCUGGUUUAGGAGCUUGCGGACCACCAAAUUUCUAUGGUUCUCAGGACAAACACAUUCGUUUAGAGAAGGACAUUGCUUCUUUUAUUGGUGUUGAAGCAGCUAUUGUAUAUGCUCAAUCUUUUCAAACCAUUUCAUCGGUUAUUCCGGCCUUUUCCAAGCGUGGUGACAUAUUGGUUGUAGAUGAAGCUUGUAAUUUUGCUAUUCAGAAGGGAAUACAGAUUUCUCGCUCAACUAUACGUUAUUUUAAGCACAAUGAUAUGAAAGAUUUGGAACGUAUUUUGCAGGAACUUCAAAAUGACUUUCAGCGACACAAUCGUCCUUUAACCCGCCGAUUCAUUAUUACAGAAGGCAUAUCUGAAAACUUCGGAGAUAUGGUUGAUCUUGCAAAAGUGGUUGCUUUGAAAAAGAAGUACAAAUACCGCUUAAUUCUUGACGAAUCUUGGUCGUUUGGUACUUGUGGUCGUACCGGUAAAGGGUUAACCGAACAUUUUUCUGUUCCUCCUAACGAUGUAGAGAUGAUUAUUGGUUCUUUGAAUACCAGUUUGGCUGGCGGUGGUGGAUUUUGUGCCGGAUCUACCCUUAUGGUCGAGCAUCAACGUCUUUCUGGUAUGGCAUUUAUAUUUAGUGCAGCUCUCCCUCCUGUGUUGGCAACUGCUGCUUAUGAGGCCAUUGCUAUUUUAAACCGCGAUGGUGGGUCUAUGCUGAAUGAUCUGCGUAGCAAGUGUGCUCUGUUCCAUGCCGCACUUACUAGAAACGAGUUCUUCGAUACUACUAGUGACCUUGAAUCCCCCGUAAUAUUCCUUCAUUUGACGAAGAAGUCUAUACCUUACGCGAAGCAAGUUGCGAUUCUGCAAGAUCUAGUGGAUUUUUGUAAGGAUCAAGGCUUUUUAAUUUCUCGUGCUAAACGCGUUGAGAAAAUGGAACGUCUCAAGCUUCAACCUUCUUUACGAAUUUGCAUAUCCACUGGUCAUACUAAUCAACAAAUUGAGAGCCUUUCUUCCCUACUCAAAGAAAAUACGGAUUCUAUGUUGAAGAAGCAUAUAGAGUCUAAAGCUUAGGCUCAUUGCUUCUUAUAUAUCUGGUCUUCAUGCUAUACCGGUUUGAACUAUAUCUAAACUGCAAAAAAUAUAAUUGUCAAUGACCUUGAUUCAUGACGCAUAAUUUUCCAUAUUCGUGACUUGUAUACUUAAUUACAGUUUAUGUUGUGAUACUUUCUUUUUCUCGAGCUUCUUGAUCCAUA